ACCUCCUGUAUACCGGGCGAGGGAGAAAACAUCUUGCCACCAACUUGCUGUAGAAGUUCAUCUCUCGACACUCAUCUCACGAAUGAGCCACCGCAGCUGAGCCUCACCGAUUUAUAUUAACAACAGCACUCAUUUCUUUAAAUGGCAAGGUGUGUACAGUAGCCGUGUUCACCUUGAGGCUGCUGUUUGCACACCUCAGGGCGCGGGUUCACAUUCCAGGCGGUGUCUCGUGAUGUCAUUGACGACAAUGAAAAAUUGUAAGUAUUUACUUCCUUCUUCACCGUCGCUAUGAAAGAUAGGUCCUGGUCCAGCGUCUCUUUGAGUCACACAGCGAGCGACCUAAGCGAAGCCAUGGGUCAUGGCGAGCGCGACUCCCAGUGAGAGUGUGGAUAGUGAGCUGCGCUGCUCCAUCUGACUGGGCACGUUCGUCUGCCCCUCCACGCUGAGCUGUGGACACACGUUCUGCCUGCGGUGCCUGGAGACCACCUGGGAGACGGCGAGCAGCUUCAGCUGCCCGCAGUGCCGAGCGACCUUCCCUGUGCGACCCCAGCUGAGGAGGAACGUGGCCCUCGCCAACCUGGCGGAGCAGCUCAGAGUUGGAGACGGGAUGGCCGCGGCCGUUGUGUGUGACAACUGCACUGACGGCCACACUCCUGCAGUGAGGACCUGCGUGAAAUGUGAGAUGUCCUACUGUGCAAGACACGCGAGGCCUCACUUGGAGAAUCCCAGGUUGAGUGGCCACGUCCUGGUGGCUCCCAUCGCGAUCCUGGAGGAGCGACGUUGCCGGCAGCACAGACAGGAGCAGAUCAAGUUCUACUGUGAACAAGAUGACAGCCUGGUCUGCACAGUCUGCACCAUCGCUGGGGAACAUAGAGGGCAUGAGGUCAUUCCACUGGAAAAUGCACAACGGACAAAACAGGAGGCGUUCAGACUCGAGAAGACGGAGAGAGAGGAGAAGAAGACUACGGCAGAAUCACGGACAAAGCAGCUCAAGCGUGCCUACAAGCGCGUGCAGGAGUCUCUGCGUGGGACCAAGGAGCGGAUCAGUCGAGAGUUUGAGCGCCGGAGGGAGCAGCUGACGGAGGAGGAGAGGGAGGCGCUGGAGCGCGUGGACGAGGAGGGCCGCUCCGUGCUGUCCCGCAUCCAGGCGGACAUCGCUCGCUACGAGAGCAGAGCACGUGGCCUGGAGCAGGAGAUCAACCAGCUGCUCGCCGCCCUCGCUGUACAGGACCCGCUCUCCUUCCUGCAGGCUCCCGUAAAUGAGAGACUCAGGAGGAGCUCCGUCUCCCAGGAGACUCAGUAUUACCCAGCCCCCGUCUCCCAUGGUCUGAACCUCGCAAAGGUCAUCUCAGUGGGUGGCGUCCUAACUAAGCUUCUGCCUUUUCUCGAUGGACGCUCACCGACUCUGGACACAAACUCAGCUCACGACGACCUCCAGAUUUCCUCGGAUCUCAGGACGGCGACGCUGAGUGGUGUCCCCCAGGGUCGCCCCCAGCACCCACACCGCUUUGAACGCUGGUCACAAGCGCUGUGCUCUGAGAGCUUCUCGUCCGGUCAGCACUACUGGGAGGUGGACGUGGGGAGCGCGAGGCGGUGUUGUCGAGUUGGAGUUGCGUACGGGACGAUCCCACGGAGAGGGAGUGAUGCAGAGUGCCUCCUGGGAGAGAGUGACGUCUCCUGGUGUCUACAGAAACUUGGUGACAGCUUCUCAGUGCUGCAUGGCGGGGUAGAGACGUCACUGUCGGUGCCGCAGCCUCCGCCGAGAGUCGGGGUCCACCUGGACUGGGACGCGGGGCUGCUGUCGUUUUACAACGCUGACUCCAUGGAGCCUUUGCACUCGUUUCACCACACAUUCACUCAGCCCCUACACCCUGGGCUGGCGGUGGGGAGGGGGUUGUUUUGGGGGUUGUUUGGGGGGUUGUGGUAUGGUAUAGUUGGUGAGUCAGUGAGGAUUGUGGAUCUGAGUGGUACGUCCUGAGAGAGGUGAACAUGAACAGCGCAGAGGAUAGACGCCACGACGCCACGACGCACGGCGCUCGCCACCCUCGUUGGUAAAGUCACGAAGAUAACAAAAAAGGUAAAAAAAGAAACAAAUUAAUAAUAAACAUUAAAUACAAAUUUAAAAUAUAAAACCCAAAGCUCAUGACGUUUUAUAUCGCAACACAAGCGGUCGUCAUCAGUCAAGAAAAGUUUUAUGUCAAAACAAUAAUAUUGAUUUUAAAAUGUAUAAAUGUAUGCGUACGACAGUGGCAUUGUAACGCUUGUAUCGUCGAUUCUACAAUAAAAACAGACAACACAUACAACAACAAUGUAGUUGUGUACAGUGACAUUCGUGCUCACUGUUCAUUAAUUAAACACGAGGACCAAAUCGUCUACACAGCCACUGCCAAGCAAAUUAAAUCUACAAAUUAAUAAUGAAAGA